GGGAGCGGUACCGGGACGUCCGGGAGCACCGGGCCGGGGAGGGGAGCGGUACCGGGAGCGGGAGCGGAGCGGUACCGGGAGCACUGGGAGCGGUACCAGGAGUACCGGAACGGGGUGGAGCGGUACCGGGAGCACCGGGAGAGGCACCGGGAGCGCCGGGCCGGGUGGAGCGGUGCCGGUACCGGUAGCGGGGCGGGGCCCGGGCCGGCGGUUCCUGGGUCGCGGGGAGCGGUACCGGCCGCGGCGGCGGGCCCGGUGCCGGUGGCGGUGCCGGUGCUGAGCGGCGGCUCCCGCAGCACGGGCGGGCCAUGGCGAUCGAGGGCGGGAUGAAAUGCGUGAAGUUCUUGGUUUUCUUCUUCAACUUCAUCUUCUGGGUGUGCGGCGUGGCCCUGAUCGCCAUCGGCAUCUACGUGCUGCUGGGCCUGGGCAGGGCCCCGGUGGGCGGCGCGGGCUGGACCCCCGCGGCCGUGCUGGUGCUGGGGGUCGUCAUCUUCUUCACCUCCUUCUUCGGCUGCUGCGGCGCCUGGAGGGAGAGCUACUGCAUGGUCACCACGGUGAGGGGGGCGGCCCCCGGGACCCCC